UGCCUGUCUCUCUAUCUCUGCUCAGGUUCAGCUCAGGCCGUUAUACAGAGAGAAAUGGGAAAAAUACAGUUUAUCAUAUUGAUACUGAUACAUUUAUAUUUUCACAGCGCAACAACAUCUCCAGUACUAACAGGAUGCCUGGACCCGAGCAUAGUGAAUGCAGCAGAGGCAGCGCUGGACCAGAUUAAUGCAGCCAGGACAGAAGGUUACAUCUUUUCCCUAAAUAGAGUGUAUGAUGUUCUGCAAGUUGCAAAGGAAGAAGGGAGACACCUUUUACAAAUGACAAUAGACGUGCUGGAAACAAAGUGUCAUGUGAUCAGCAAAAGAAAAUGGAAGUCAUGUGAAAUCAAGGAUAUCUCAGAUGUUCCAGUCUUCGGAAAAUGUGAUGUAUCGCUCUUCAUUCAGACCAAUUCUACUUUACAUAACUUUAGUUGCACCAUUCAGCAAGUUCCUGCUGCUGCCAUCGUUGAUCUUUGCCCAGAUUGUCCAACAACAGAGAGCCUGAAUGAUCCGAUCGUUGCUGAGACAGUACGUCUUUCUCUCGAAAAAUUUAACAAAGAGUCAACCUUGCGUAAUUACUUUAUCCUUCUGAAUAUAACAGCUGCAAAAAUGCAGUGGGUUGUUGGUCCAUCCUACUUUGUGGAGUUCACCAUACAGGAAACGGACUGUGCCAAAAUGUUGCCUGAUGUAGACUGGACUCAGUGCCAGCCAAAAAAUGGGACACAUAAGGGCUUCUGUACUGGAUCACACAUUACUUUUGAUGAUGAUGAUGCUGAGGUGAACAUUUCUAAAGAGGCCAGUUGGAUCAGUGGAACACACACAAAUAUUGAAGAAGAAAAGAAAAAACUUUCUACCAAAGUCAGUUGUUCACUUUUUCAACAUAUGCUCAAUAAUGAACCAGAGAACAGCCACAGGACAUCCAAAACUGCCCUGUCUGGAUCUGUGCUAGUUUUGCCCCCUCCGCCGAUUCCAGUGCACCCCAGAACACCAGCAGCUGCUCCUAACUGCCCUGGAGAAAGGAGAUACAACCUUGGAUUAAAGUCAGUGAAACUAUGAAUAAAAAACAUUGUGUACCAGAGGUCACUCCACACUAGAAAAUGUACUGCUGUACUGAUGUACACUGUAUGUUCCAAUAAAUAAGAUAUUAUAGCAUGGACAGAGAUUCUCCAUAUAAAGUGUAUGAAAUCAUUCAUAAAUGUGUAAAUAGGUAAAUAUAUUUUUUAAAGAUAAUAAUAAAUAAUAACAGAUGAAUAAAUGAAGUCAUAUCUUUUAGGACUGAAUAAAGCUCUGGUCUUUAGCAAAACAACAACAAAAAUAAAUUUUGUCUUGUGACCUGAAUGUCUUUAGUCAAAAGAUAUAUUUUAUCUUUAUUACUGAAAAAUUGAUUAAGCUCAAGGAAACAAUAUUGUAUAUAAAAAUGCAAAAGUAACUGCAUCAGCAUAUGACAAUACAGCUAAUCUAACAUCCGGGUCUAGACUAGAGAUUCAGCUGUAAGAACAAAGCAAACAAAUGCAGCCUGCAAUAAAACAAAUGUGUGAAAA